AUGGCAAUGUGCAACCCGUUCUCAAUCACCCGGACGAUUAAGUCUUUCCAAUUAACCCAACAAUGCCUCCGAUCCAUUCACAAGAAAUCCGCGCCUGCUUCCACUGUCCCAUCACCAACACCAUUCGUCCCUGAUGUCCAAACCUUCCUCACACUGAUCGGCCGCGACAUGUCAAAGCACGUCAGCAAACUCCCUUCUUGGGAGAAGCUAUUCACGCUGAGCUCCUCUGAACUUCGGGAUGCGGGAAUCGAACCAGCACGCCAGCGUCGUUACCUUCUCAGAAAACGGGAAAAAUUCCGAAACGGCAUCUACGGACCUGGCGGAGAUCUUGAGCAUGUCGUGGAUGGUGCCGCUCAGUUGUGGGUAACAGAAGUCCCAUCCGGGGCGUCGACGAAUACUUCAAAAACAGGCAAUGGUUCUGCCGCCAACUCACUGGAUUAUUCGGCUACUCUAUCUCCCGGGAUGAAACGAGUCAUUGUGAAUCUACCACCGGAUGCCACCGAAUAUAAACAUGAUUUGUCGAAACCACUUAAGAAGUUUGCGCAUAUGAAAGUUCAUCGUGGCUUGUUGGUCAAGGGACCAUUUCUGCAGCCAAUUAAGGGUGCGAAUGGCAGCGCAGCUUUGAUCAAAGUUCAAGAGGGAAUGUGGGAAGACAAGUUGGGACACAAGGUUGACGGUGGUGAAAGGAGACGUGCUGAAGUGAGAGCCAAAAACAGGGCUGAGGAGAGAAGGAAACGGUCUGCAUGA